GAGAAAUCGGCACCAGGUUAAAAACGAGAAGCAAUUUGCUCCAGGAAUCUCAAACACAACACGCCAGUUUUGCUGCCUCUGUCUAGAUAUUUAAGAAGUGGAGCAAGGGAUUCAAGCGACCAUCCUUCUUGCUCAGACAGUGGGGAGGGAUUCACUUGGUCUUCUCAAUUGAAGGUACAACAGCAAGUUCACACUGGGCAAGGCCAUUCAUCUGUUCUGUGUGUGAGAAAGGAUUCAGUCGGUCUUCCCACCUGUGGACACACCAGUCAGUACACACCGGGCAGAGACUUGUCAUCAGCUGAAUUUCUGGGAAAGGAAUUCACUCAGUCAGCUGACCUAGUGGCACACCAGUGAGUUCACACUGGGGAGUGGACGUUCAGCUGCUCAGACUCUGGGAAGGGAUUCACUUGGUCAUCUAACCUAAUGGCUCACCAGCGAGUUCACACCAGGGAACAGCCGUUCACAUGCUCGGACUGUGGGAAGGGAUUCACUUUGUCAUCUAAACUACUGACACACCAGUCAGUUCACACAGGAGAGAAGCCGUUCACCUGCUCAGUCUGUGGGAAGGGAUUCACUCGGUCAUACAACCUGCAGAGUCAUCAGCGAGUUCACACAGGGGAGAAGCCAUUCACCUGCUUAGAAUGUGGGAAGAGAUUCACUCAGUCAUUCUACCUACAGAGACACCUGCGAAUUCACACUGGGGAGAAGCUGUUCACCUGCUCAGUCUGUGAGAAGAGAUUCACUCACCUUUUCACCCUACAAAGACACCAGCGAGUUCACACUGGGGAGAAGCCAUUUACCUGCUCAGUCUGUGAGAAGAGAUUCACUCACUCUUUCACCCUACAAAGACACCAGCAAGUUCACACUGGGGAGAAGCCGUUCACCUGCUCCGUCUGUGGGAAGAGAUUCACUGAUUCAUCCACCCUGCAGAGUCACCAUCGAGUUCACACUAUGGAGAAGCCGUUCACCUGCUCAGAAUGUGGGAAAGGAUUCACUCAGUCAUCCAACCUACAGAGUCAUCAGCGAGUUCACACUGGGGAGAAGCCGUUUACCUGCUCAGAAUGUGGGAAGGGAUUCACUCAGUUACACAACCUACAGAGUCAUCAGCGAGUUCACACUGGGGAGAAGCCAUUCACAUGCCCAGACUGUGGGAAGGGAUUCACUCGGUCAUCCCAACUACUGUCACACCGGUCAGUUCACACUGGAGAGAAGCCAUUCGCCUGCUCAGAAUGUGGGAAGGGAUUCACUCAGUCAUCCCAACUACUGGCACACCAGUCAGUUCACAUUGGAGAGAGGCCAUUCACCUGUUCAGUCUGUGGGAAGGGAUUCACUCAGUCAUCCCACCUGCAGAGUCAUCACCGAGUUCACACAGGGGAGAGGCCAUUCACUUGCUCAGUCUGUGGGAAGAGAUUCACUGCGUCAUCCCAACUGAAGGUACAUCAGCGGGUUCACACUGGGGAGAAGCCGUUCACCUGCUCAGUCUGUGGGAAGGGAUUCUCUCAGUCAUCCCAACUACAGACUCAUCAGCGAGUUCACUAUGGGGAGAGGCCGUUUACCUGCUCGGUCUGUGGGAAGAGAUUCACUCAGUCAUCCCAACUACAGAUUCAUCAGCGAGUUCACACUGGGGAGAAGCCGUUUACCUGCUCAGAAUGUGGGAAACGAUUCACUCAGUCAUCCCAACUACUGGCACAUCAGUCAGUUCACAGUGGGGAGUGGUCUUUCACCUGCUCAGAAUGUGGGAAGGGAUUUACUCAGUCAUCCCAACUACUGGUACACCAGUCAGUUCACACUGGAGAGUGGCCACUCAUCUGCUCAGACUGUGGGAAGGGAUUCACUCGGUCUUCCAACCUACUGGCACACCAGUCAGUUCACACAGGGGAGAGGCCGUUCACCUGCUCAGAAUGUGGGAAAGGAUUCACUCAUUCAUCCAAGCUACUGACACACCAGUCAGUUCACACCGGGGAGAGGCCGUUCACCUGCUUACUCUGUGAGAAGAGAUUCACUCAGUCAUCCUGCCUACAGAGACAUCUGCGAGUUCACACUGGGGAGAAGCCAUUCAACUGCUCCGAAUGUGGGAAGAGAUUCACUCACUCUUCCACCCUACAGAGACAUCAGCAGAUUCACACCGGGAAGAAGCCAUUCACCUGCUCAGAAUGUGGGAAAGGAUUCACUCAGUCAUCCCAACUACUGGCACACCAGUCAGUUCACAAUGGGGAGUAGCCGUUGUUAUGAAUCCCUGGGUUUCCUUUGCUGUGGACUGUCCCCUUAAGACAGAGAAAGAGAGAUUAAGAAGGCGAAUCAGUGUGAUUUGCCACUUGUUUACAUCGCUUGCAGCUUGUUUAGUUUUAACUGAGGACACAGACACUCAGAGUCAGACAGAGACGAAGGAGAAAAAAAUGGAAGGAUCAAAACAAGGGAACUGAUGGCCAAGGGUCACUGUUUAGAACUUUUCAAUGCCCACAAGGGUGGGUUAAUUAUCGAUUCAGCGAACGUCAAUUGUGUGGUUGUCACCUCAUUUGAUCCAUAGGAGUGGAUCGGAUUUGGGGUAUCCUGUGAAGACCACACCCUUGCCCAGGUGUGGUGUGGUAAUUCACUUGAAGACGAUACGCCUUGUGACAAGUCACUUUUGGAGAUAAUUCGUAUGUCAAUUUGGAACGAUGACAGAUAAAAUCUACAGUGACUGUUCUCCACUUUUACCACCAUGAACCUGUGGAAUCCAACAUAAUUGCCUUUUCUCGACAUUUACCCUGGAUUACAAAUAUCUCUCUCGCAUCAUCUGUUCUGUGGAUGAACUGAACUUUCAUAUUUUACCAUCUCAAGACUCUUAAGCCUUGUUUCCCCAGAGCUCAAUAGUUUGGGAGUUAUAUUUUCACACAUAUAUACACGUAACACUGUCAACUUUGGUUAUCUUGCUUAAGUUACUAUAUUAUAAGUAGAUACUAAUAAAGAUAGUGGUUUUAACAUCAAAACCAAAUUCCAGGUGUAGUCUACUGCUGCUGGUUCAUUUCUAAAAUGUUACAGUUCAUAACAAAAUUGGGGUCUGCGUC